CUUUUGCGUUGAAUGUGGGACAUAUCCUUUUCCGGCAGGUCCUGUGUUGUGGAAACCAUGCCUCUCGCAAAAGAUUUGUUGCAUCCGUCACCGGCGGAGGAGAAGAGGAAACACAAGCUGAAGCGGCUCGUGCAGCAUCCAAACUCCUACUUCAUGGAUGUCAAAUGUCCAGGUUGUUACAAGAUCACGACAGUAUUCAGCCACGCGCAGAGUGUGGUGGUGUGUGCUGGUUGCUCGACGAUCUUGUGCCAGCCAACGGGAGGCCGAGCGCGUCUAACAGAAGGUUGUUCGUUCAGGAGAAAACAACAUUGAAGACUUGUACUGAUAAACUAAAAAAAAAAUCCUUUGAUGCAGUCUGUUAUAACAGCAUGCAUGUGUAAUAUUUUUUAUGUGUAAUGUUGUGGGUGCAGAGAAUAUGUAUUCAACAUGUUUCAUAAUUAAAUAAAGGCUUCUCAAAGGA